AUGGCGCCAACGCCUGUUGACCCUGCUGCUGCCGUCAAGCUUUGGCUAAAGGCUGCAAACUCUGGGGAAGCUAGCGACAAGUGGGGCCGUGUCCAGCGAGCUUCUUGGAUGGUUUCUUGGCUUUGGAUAGGGAGGUUGAAACAAAGUUAUAGUAGUUUUGCGCUUGGCCUCGGAUCCAAGGCAGCCCUGGCUGCCUACAUGACUUAUCGAGCCGGUUGUCGAAUUCCACCCCUAGGGAAGGAUCCUGACAACGUGAUGCUGCAGAUCUUGCACACCGACAACCCUUUUUUGAGACUGGAAGGGGCCCCUUUUACCUUUCUAGACAGCUGUAGAGGCAGCUUCUUGCAUUCAUUGAUGAAGCACAGAGGUGACAAGGUGACGGACUAUUUGGUGAAGAUCUUGGCGACGCCACAUGUGCAACGACUUGAGAGACAACGAAAGGCUUACAUGCCUUCCAGAGUGAUUUCCAAGCAUGGCAAGAAGUUGCGACCAAACCGUGAUCUGGGGCAGUUGCGCCUCGCAGGGGCAUUGAGUCUCUGUGGGCAAUUUUUGGAUGGCACGCUAGAUGCCAUUUUUGUGAAUGACAGCAAGAAAUCAUGGCUUGUGGAUCCAGAUUUGCUUCUUGUCAAGGCUGAGCUAACCAGCCACAUUUGUGUUGUGAAUGCUUGCAAAUGCAUCCACGUUCUUAAGCAACUGGAAAGCAAAGGAGGUGCCUACGGUUGCCCCCAGAAUCGCGGCUGCUCUUGGUUGAAGCAAGCUAGGAGCGCAGUCUUGCGCAAGGGAUGUGCUUCCAUGGUAAAAUACGGGCUCAGUAACGAAGAGGCGGUGCUCGCUCAGCCACAGUCAGAGGAAAUGCACUUGGUCUACUCAGGGGGAUGCAUUGCGCGCGCUGGCCGCAUGCGAAGGAUCCCUUUGGGUGCUCGCAAAAUCGAAACAGCGGCAGUUCGCUUCCCAACACAACGGGUGCGGGUGAAGACAUCCAAGCGUGAAAAUUUCACGUCCUGUGGAGAAGCCACGACUUUUCAAGGCAGCUAUAGUGGAGUGGAGUUUCGGUCCUCCUAUGAACUUCCCCUGAUGUCAUUGACUGAAAAAGCACAGGUCCUCGGCUCUGCGGCUUCUGCGGCUCCUCCGGAGGACUGGACAGAUCGCUUUGGGGACAAUGCAGUGCCACUCUUUUGGCAAGAGUCCAAGCCCAUCAGCUUUUUCAAUGCAAUCCUUGACGAGUACAAGGUGACCGCAGUUUUCGAUGUGACAGCCGGCUCCGGCGCAUUCAUGGAAGCCAGCCUCACCAGAGGCGUUGUCUACCACGGCCUGUGCUUGAACAAGGAACACCAGCACUGGCUCCAGGCCAUUGCGGACAGAGCCGCCUGCGGGCUAAUUACCUUGGAGGGAUCAACUCUUUUCAAUGAAGCUUUGGCAGGAGACGUGAAGAAGUUUUUCCCAGAUGUCCUGGAAAACUUGGCUCCCAAGGACAACCCUGAAGAAGCCCCAAUGGAACCAGACAGCCCCGGUGAGUGA